GCAGCCGUUGCCCCGGUAACCGUGGCGCGGCCUCUGAACGCUGAUCGGGCACAGAGCCCCCCGAUUCCCACUCCAGCAGCACAGCCCAGAGCCCACGUUGCACCAUGCUGAGCCCGCAGCUGCCUCCUGUGCCCAGGGACAGGCUCAUCUCCCAGAUGCCCAAGUGUUACACAGCUGAAUCUUGUCUCCAGUACAGAACACAGUUUGAUGCCCAGGUAAAGAACGCCUGCAAGCAGCGUCACGCUGGAAACUUUGGGUUGAAGAUGUCGAAAGUUGUGAUGGUGGGGGAUCUUUAUGUGGGGAAAACCAGUCUGAUCAACAGGUUUUGUAAGAAUGUAUUUGAUCGCGAUUAUAAAGCAACAAUCGGGGUUGAUUUUGAGAUUGAACGAUUUGACGUUUUGGGCGUACCUUUUAACCUCCAAAUAUGGGACACUGCUGGACAAGAGAAAUUUAAAUGCAUCGCGUCUGCAUAUUAUAGAGGAGCACAAGUGAUUAUUACUGCGUUUGAUCUGGGUGACAUCCAUACCCUGGAGCACACAAAACAAUGGCUUCAAGAUGCUCUCAGAGAGAAUGAACCAAACACGUGUUCUGUCUUCCUUGUUGGAACAAAAAAAGACACCUUGUCAGAUGCAGAGUGUGAACGGACAGAGCAAGAUGCCUUAAAAUUUGCUGUAGAAAUGCAGGCAGAAUACUGGUCUGUGUCAGCAAAAACAGGUGAAAAUGUAAAGGAUUUCUUCUUCCGGGUGGCAGCUGUGACUUUCGAACAGUGCAUGAAAAGGGAGCUGGAGAAAAACAAGCAUAGUAUAACUCAGAUUGGAACUAGCAGUCUUAUACAACUUGAUGGAAAUUCUUCAGAGAAAAAGGAAAGUGAUUCCCAGAAUAAUAUGAACUGCUGUUAGAGUCUAACUGUCUUUGCAGCCCUUAUUGCCAUUAGAGCAAAGGGGUUACAAUUACAACCUCAGUGUUUGGCAUCCUGAGUUCCCUGGAAACUAAACUGGAAAGGACAUCUCAUAGCCUGAACAUGACAGCAUCUCGGUGAGAUGCACAAAUAUCUGUACUGCCCACAUCAUGCCACUAAGACGAUUUUCCCAUUGUGUAGACAAAUACAGGGAAAUCUUCAAACAUUUUGUAGCAAUAAAUAACAAAUAUGCCUUAUGUAA